AUGAACGGACACACAGAGCACAGAAGUGGCAAAUGGGAUCAACAAGAGUUGUAUCGUUCAAUAAUGCAGGCGUUGGAGGGAAGAUGCUCUACAAGGUCUAAUCUUGCCAAAGAAUUCGAAAUGCAGAUACGUGAAUUCACCGCUACUUUGGAAUGUCACUUGGUUGAUCUCCUCCGGAAACGUCUUGAGGAGCUGAAUGAACCAGAUCGUUUGCUUAUUUCGAGACUUAACAGAGCUUUGUGCGAAUUGGGAGACAGUAAUUCGUCAGUACUUAGUCGACCCCUUUAUCAUAUGCUCUCGCCCACCAGGCCAGCUCAUCGAGUUUGGACGAUGUGUACCAAAGACCCCGAACGUCUGAAGAAUUUGGUUUCUGAAGUUUGCCAUAUGGCUAAUAUCACAUGCGAUAAUGGAGACGAACAAAAUUCGUGUCAAGUAAAAUUUAGCGCUGCAUUACCAUCAGCAUGGAGUGCUGCUGACUGUGCCAAAUACUUGAUUGAGAAACAAGAAGUAGCUGAAGAUAUUUUGUCUGAACGGCAGGCGCGACAUUUCGGUAGUUAUCGUAGUAUGAAAAAUGGUUUUUCGUUGAUGAAAUCAGCAUCUUUAACACUGGAACGGGCAACAUCUUCUCUUCCAACGCUUGUUUCUCCGGAUACUCAUACAAACCGCUCGAAAAAUGAUUCAUCGGUUGAUUCAAGACCGUUUAUUAAAUCGGAUCAUGACAAAAUAUCAGAUAAACAGUUGUCCACUGAAGAUAACAAGACACAGAUACCGCUUGAACCUAGUGUUUUUGUUCGUGGAAUGAGGCAGCAGUCAUUCCGGGAAUCCUCGCUCACCGAUGAAUCAGAUUCAGCUUGCGCUUUGAAAGAAGAAGCUUUCAAUUCGACAAGUCCUUCGGCGACGUCUUCCAUCCCCGUAUGCCAGACGGAUAGCUCAUAUGAUAGUCAUGAUUUGGAAGCUCCACUGUUUGUGCAGACGGUAUCCAGUUGUAACCUAUCAACGUCGACCACCGUUACAAUGGGGAAUCUUUCAACGGAGCCAAAUUUCAUACGUUUCGGUGAACGAUUGUUUUCGCGACCGAUUGAUAUCAUUUGUUUACCCAAUAUUUUUACCAAAAAGCAGUUGCUCGCUGUUUCCGAUAGUUGUGGAGGUGUAUAUAUAGUGACAUGUAAAGGAGAAGUAUUGCAACACUUGCCAACACGGGACAGUUCGGCAUCAUCAUUGACUAUUGACCCGACAAGUUGGCGUCUUCUAGUUAGCGUGAUGCAUAGCAAAGGACGAAGCAUACAUGCGUAUGACAUUACAAAUCAUUUCAAAAAAGUAGAGGUAAUUCCUUGUCCCAAAGAACCAAAGAUUGAGUUGAGUAGAACGCGAUGGAUAACAGUGAGCCCGCGCGGUGAAUUAUUUGCAGUUUCGGGAGACAACCAUCGUUCAGCACUAUGGAUGUAUAAUCAAUCCAGGAAGGGAUGGAAGAUUUUGAAGGAAUCGAGGAAAACUCGGUACCAAUAUCUUCGAGUGGCCGAAGAUCAAGCCGAAUACAAAGCUGUUGUGCUAUUAACAUGUGACGCGGCGCAAAACCGUAUAUUACUCUUCGUAGCAGAUCACACAGGCACUCUAAUUAACGAAUAUGACUUAACAAAGACGUACAAACUCUAUGAAUACAUAAAAAAUCCGGCCAGUGCUAUUGUCGAUUCAUUUGGGAAUUUGUUGGUACUUGACUAUGCUACUAGUCGUUUAUGGGCAUUAUUGGGCAGCACGAAAGGGAUGCGUCACAUAAAAGAAAUUGUUAUUCCUAACCCGCUGGGCCCCCAAGAAGCCCUUGGAAUUGCUGCACAUGGUGAUUGGAUUUAUAUGACCUGUUUUGCUCGUCGAGAAGUUAUCUGUGUAAGGUAUUUGGUAAAUGGUGUAUUAGCACUGUCAUGUUGCACAACCACCUCGGAAACACCGAAGUCAGACAGAAGAGCUAUUUCUCUGCCAAGACCAACGAGGAAACCGGAUCAGGUUUAA